AUGUUGAACAUCCGUCGGAAUCGAAUGAUCGGUGAGAAACUCCCUUCAGACCGGAUCAGUCAUGUGAAUACCAACAGGACUCGCCGUUGUAUUCCAUCGACUCAACCGCCGACGAUGAGAAGCGCAACCAAAAUCACCGCCCGCUCCCUCUCCUCCGUCGCCGCCAAGCUCCCUGCCGCCGGCUUCCCUCCACCUCCUCAGCCACCUUCCUAUAUCGACCUCUCCGACACCAGGCGCCUCUUUGCCUCCGUCCCCACCUCCGCCCUCCUCCGCUCCCUCGCCACCCUCUCCGCUAUGGCCUCCGGCCCCCUCGUCGACCUCGCCGCGGCGGCUCUCCGCUCGUCCGUUCCGAAGGAACGUCGACUCCUCCGAGCCGCCGUCCUCACUGCCGCCCGAGCCACGGUGCACCGCCACUUCUGCGCCGGCGAGCAGGUCGAGGAUGCCGCCCGCACGGUGCGCGCGAUGUGGACCGAUGCCGGGCUGCGCUCCAUCCUCGACUACGGGAUGGAGGACGCCGACGACGCCGCUGCCUGCGACCGCAACCUCGCCGGCUUCCUCCGCGCCGUCGACAUGGCCUCGUCGCUCCCGCCCACCUCCACCAGCGUCUGCGUGAAGAUGACUGCUCUCGCUCCCAUCUCACUGCUAGAAAGAGCGAGCGAUGCGCUACGAUGGGAGCAGCAAAAUCCUUCAUUUCGGCCAGUCGCAUGGAGAUCUCAUUCCUUCCCCGUUCUCUGCGCGUCCAGUCCUCUGCACCUCACCCCAACCGAGCCGAAUCCCCUGACGGAGACCGAAGAGAACGACCUUCAACUGGCCGCACGCCGGCUCUCCGCCAUCUGCCAGAGGUGCGAACAGGCCGACAUCCCCCUACUAAUCGACGCCGAAUACUCCUCCGUUCAACCCGCCAUCGAUUACCUCACCUACUGGGCAGCGUUAAAGUUCAAUCACGGCGAUCGGCCUACUGUUUACGGGACAAUUCAGACUUAUUUGAGGGACUCGAGAGAGAGGAUGAUGAACGCUGCGGAAGGUGCAGCAGCAGCAGGGGUCAGUCUGGGGGUCAAGCUCGUUCGAGGCGCUUACCUGAGCAGAGAGACCCGGCUGGCAGCGGCCAUGGCCGCGCCGUCUCCACUGCACGGGAGCAUCCAAGAAACGCACCGGUGCUUCAACGACUGUGCUUCUUUCAUGAUUGAGCGAGUCAGCAGAGGAGCUGCUGCGGUCGUCGUCGCCACCCACAACCUUCAAUCCGCGCAAGCAGCGGCGUUGAAGGCGCAGGAGCUAGGAAUCGGGAAGGAAGAUGAGAGGGUGAAGUUCGCGCAGCUGAUGGGGAUGGCAAAUGGGCUGUCGUAUGGACUUCGGAACGCUGGGUUUCAAGUGAGCAAGUACUUGCCAUUCGGUCCGGUGGAGCAAGUGAUCCCGUAUCUUCUCAGGCGAGCGGAGGAAAACAGAGGGCUCCUGUCAGCCUCCGCAGCGGACAGACAGCUCAUGCGGAAGGAGCUCUCGAGACGACUCGCUGUUGCAAUUGCAGGAAGGAAUUGAAGAGCUGAUGCCUUCAUCGGUCGUCGUCGUCGUCAUUUCUACCAAUAGAUAUCAAUUGUCAAAAACUUUCUUAUAAUCAAAAUUUACCUUUAUCA